UUGUGCAACAAGCGCAUCAGGCCCGACAGCGUACGUUUCGCUCGCUGCCUCACCUCCCUAUGCAACAAUGCGUCCUUGUGCAGCCACAUGUCUAGUAUACCAAGGAGUAUGGAGUUGCCCCUGGAACAGUGGUUAUUAUGAUCUGGGGAUCAAGCUGUCAUGUGGUUGCGAUCCUCAGAACUUUUGCUAUUGCGACACCAAGGCUGCUGCUUCCGCUUCGUCGUACAUCUCGUCCUGUGUAAGCUCGGGGUGCGGUGCAGACUUUUCUGGAGAGGUCACCAGUGCGAUGGAUCUCUACAACGCUUACUGUGCCACUGCAAAUGUUGCCGCCGCUGUGCAGACGAGUGCGCCCAGUAUAGCCGCCAGCAACUCGGCAAAAGUUACAUCCACUGCCAUUCUACCAAAGACACACCUCGAUGCGAAUGCGAACAACUCCUCGUCAGCCAGCAGCCCAAUCACCACUGAGGACACAAAGUCGGGGACCUCAAGCGCCAAUACCGGCAACAAGGGAUUAGCUCAGUCAGAUAUUAUUGCUUUGGCCGUGGGGCUAGGCGUGGGUGUGCCGAGUCUGUUGUUGGCAUUGGCGACCUUCUGUGUAACGAAGAGGAGACGUGAAAGGCAAAGCACAGUGACGACGGAAAUCCGUUAUGUUAAGUAGCAUGGAAUUGAGGCUAUUGGUUGGCUACCUGGUGGAACUGAGGCUGACGGCAAUUGUCUUGGUAAGUCUUAUCCGAUGAGCAUGGCUGUGGUGCUAAUUGAGUAUUUGGACAGAUACGUGGAGGAUAUGAAUUGCAGUACUGCGGAAAUCAUUGAGAACGUUAGUCCAAGUUUAGAGUCCGAAAAUGAAUUUCGCUGACAUGGUCAGAUGUUUGGGGUCAGAGAUGCCAA